CGCCACUAACGCUGUGAACACGUGUUCUCUAAGGUUCUGGUUCUCGGCGUCAGACGGAACCGUGGGUUCUGUGUCUGGUUCUCGUAUUUCCGUCCACACGCCUGAGAGCGGCUGCGUGUUGGUUGGGUCUAUUUUCUUUAGGAUGGCGGUGCUGCGCCUUUCUCUCCCUCUCCCCUGUGCUGCGCCGCCAUCUUGAAUUUUAAUGUUAAUUUCUAAAUAAUGUGUUUGCUGUGAUAUUUUCGUUCAGGCUGUGGAACCAGGACCGGUUCUGAAGUGCUGCAGCGGGCCGUGCUGUACAGAACCACAGUGUGAGUACCGUGUGUGUCUGCUUGUGUCGCUGCUGUGGACUCGGGACAUUUAACGUUUCAAACUUUAGACCACAGUCUUCCCCACUCGAGUGUUUCUUAAACUCAGAGACUAAAUGCAACUGGACCAGGGGGCUUGUGGGCAUGAAGUGGUUGGGCGAAUCCAAGAACAUGGUAUUAAAUGGCAGACGACACGGAAACAAGUUGACCAGCGAGCAACCUGUGAGCCAGAGCCAGACUCGCUCUCAGCAUUCACAGCGGACAUCCCUGCGCCACAACAAAACCCACCCCAGAAACCGAAGAUGUAGCCGCAGGUUUAGUGCAGCCAGUCUGGAGGCAGAGAGGCGCUAUGUGCCCUCCUCAGGAAUGACUGCCAAGGAGCUGUGUGAGAAUGAUGAUCUGACCACGAGCCUCAUCCUGGAUCCUUAUCUGGGCUUUCAGACUCAUAAAAUGAACACCAGAUUUCGACCGAUUAAGGGAAGACAAGAGGAGCUGAAAGAAAUCAUCGAGCGCUUCAAGAAACAUGACAACUUGGAGAAAGCUUUCAGAGCUCUGACAACAGGAGACUGGUCCCGAAAUCUUUUUAUCCACAAGACGAAAGCCCAAGAGAAGCUCUUCAAGCAACAUGUGUUUGUGUAUCUGCGGAUGUUUGCCACAGACAGCGGCUUUGAGAUUCUCCCUUGUAAUCGUUAUUCAUCAGAGCAAAAUGGAGCUAAAAUUGUGGCAACGAAGGAAUGGAAGAGAAAUGAUAAGAUCGAGUAUCUGGUGGGAUGCAUCGCUGAGCUGUCGGAGAGCGAGGAGAACAUGCUGCUCCGACACGGGGAGAAUGACUUUAGCGUCAUGUAUUCAACCCGUAAGAACUGUGCACAGCUCUGGUUGGGGCCAGCUGCCUUCAUCAAUCACGAUUGUCGACCAAACUGCAAGUUUGUAUCGACAGGACGAGACACGGCCUGUGUGAAGGUUUUGAGGGACAUUGAACCGGGAGAGGAAAUCUCUUGUUACUACGGCGAUGGUUUUUUUGGUGAAAACAAUGAAUUUUGUGAAUGCUACACAUGUGAACGACGGGGUACCGGUGCUUUCAAAUCCAAAGCUGGACUGCCAGUGGAAGUGCCGGUGAUCAACAGCAAGUACGGGCUGCGGGAGACCGACAAGCGUCUGAACAGACUGAAGAAGCUGGGGGAAGGAAACCGGAGCUCGGACAGUCACUCUGUCGGCUCCCACACAGAUGUAGACUCUCAGGAAAUGCCAAAAACACAUCAAUCUGCCAGAAAAAGAACAUCCUCAUCUGGCCUGAAGUACAAAAACAGGACUCAGACCAGACAGACUUUGUCGAGAGCCCUUACUACCUCAUGUUCAAAACAAGGUCGUGUGAACAAUAACAGGGUACCAAAGAGACUAAAAUCCCAAUCCAAACCUUCACUAAGUAAAGUCCAGUUGCGGUGUCGGAGGAGGGGUGCAGAGCCCAAGGUGUUGGCCAAAGGAGAGACUUGCCAGCUGGGUCUCAGGGACUCAAAGGUGUCGCUGUGUAAAGGUGUCACCGUCAAAAAGGAGAAGGACGGACAGGAGCUGGGGCAGCAGACACUAGGCCCGCGGGGCUGCCUCACCCGUCAUGCUGCCAAGGAAAAUGGCAACUUACAAGUUGUGCAGAGCAGCGAGGGCAGCCAGUGUUCGACAUACAGAACUCGCAGGUCCACAAGGACCCUUGUGAAAGCCCAGGAAACAGCAGCUGGCGUUAAGCUGGAGCCCAGUGCCAUGGACGGCUUGAGCCCAGUCCCUGGUGGAGUGGUCAUUAAAACAGAGCCAGCUGACAUGGAGGAGUAUCUCCGCCAUGGAGCGGGACUGGAGCAGCCGGCAUUAGAUUCCAGCUACGCCAGAAGAGGCUCCUGCACCAGGCGGAAACGGGUGACGCGGCUCAGGACCGAGCGGACGAUUAAAUGCGAGGACCCGUAUGGCGAGCCGUACAUGCCCGUGGCUGCUGGCCACAACGCUAAUUACUCAGACUGUGGCAACGUGCUGCUGAGCAUCGCCGAGCGACACAGGGACUACAACGGGGUUUCCAAUGGCAGCAAAUCCCUGCGCAGGGACAAGGGUAAGAGUGGCUGUCGGUCGCAGGACAAGGGGAAGAAGAAACGUCAGAUCACUCGUUAUGAUGCACAGCUGAUUCUGGAGAACAACACGGGCAUCCCCAAACUGACACUCCGCCGGCGGAGGGACAGCAGCAGUAGCAAAACUAACGAUCCCAACGAUACCAUCGGCUCCUCCAACCUUUCGGCCUCUACGGUCAACUCCGCCUCUUCCAGCAAAAUCAGCAUUAAGUUCAGCAAAGACCACGACAAGGACAAGGGCAGCUCGUACAUCGCCAAACUGAAUAACGGCUUUGCCCCUGUGGUCCACAGUAACUCCACCAAGCUGAAGAUCCAGCUGAAGAGAGAGGACGAUGCGCGGAGAAUAUCCCAGACACGGGCCGAACAGAUGUCCUUUAACGGGGACAUGGGUCAGAGUCUGGAGGCCAGGAACGGUGGACAUCGGACCCAAAAAGUCCUGGCCGAACCUUCGUCUGAAGAGGAGGAGGACGACGACGACGAGGAAGAGGAGGAUGACGACGACUACUUCGACAACGAGUUCGAAGACGAUUUCAUUCCACUUCCUCCAGCGAAGCGGCUGCGACUCAUUGUGGGUAAAGACUCCAUAGACAUCGAUAUCUCCUCCAGGAGGAGAGAGGAUCAGUCUCUGAGGCUCAAUGCAUAAGCUGUGGAGCUCAUCGCUUCCACCUUUCCCUGUAAAUAAAGACAACUCGCUAAUCAACUGUUGUGUUGAUGUAAAAGAAGUACAGUAAUUUAAAAACAAAUUGCUGACAGAAUGAGAAUCUGAAUGAACGUUACUGGAGGGCGAUGUCGACCUAAAACAAAUCUCUGUUCUUCACUUCACUUGUUUUCAUCAGUACGUGUCGUUUCAGCUCUGAUCAAGACAAAUUAAAUCGAUCAAGCUGAAGUGCAAAAAUUUAUCUUUGUUGUUUCUGAACAAUUCGGCCUGUUUGAAAAGUGAAAAACAAGGAUUUGUUUUAAGUCGAACUUUUCCUUCAAGUGAAUGCACUUGAUAUAUUCAUAAUGGACAUGGAUAUUGUAGAAAAUGUACAGUAUGGUGACUAUCCCCUCUGUCUCAUAGGCAGGUUUUUAUUGAAGUUUAGAUUUUUGUCUCAUAGUUUGUAACUUGUGUGGCGAACCACGCUGAACGUGCGGUGUGGUGCGCUCGGUCCAGAGGCAUUAUAAGACCAGGCGGUUCACUUGGUGCCAUGUUUCCAUUAUCCUUAAAGAACCACUUGAGUUUCAGUGAAUCUUCAGUUAUCAGCAUUAUUUAUUGUUUAAGUUAAUCGUGUAGAAGUCAUUUCAUCAUUUAAACCAGUGAAACAGAGUUGAUCUUUUUAUUUCGAUGGCUCUGAUGUUGAUUCACCAGGAAACACCCGUCUCCACAGUGAGCAGAGGAGCUCCGUCUGUGUCUACAGCGUCAUCAGACGAAAGAAUUAACGGAGUCGCACAAUUAUUUUCCUCCAUCGACGCCCAGCAGCUCCUCCAGAGGCUGCUGAUGAAUCCACUACGCUGCAGAAUUCAAAUAAAACGAAGCACACGAGGUUUAUAAUCACAGAUGUAGGGAAAUGAAAAGGACCUGAGUUUUUGUGGUAUAAUGGUGACAUGGCACACAUGGUAGUUCAACACCGUUUUACAAGUGAGAACAUGGUAAUCCACAUGUAAAGGCUACCUAAGCUUUUUUAAGUCUCUAAAAGUAAUGUACAGAAAGACUGGCUCACGUCCCUCAGAUAAAUCAUGACAGUUCCUCAAGUCACGUCUUAUUGUUUUUCUACCUAAAUCUAGAUGCAGAGAUCCUAGAUCUACCCAGAGCUGCCACUUCUGCACACGACUCCGAAUUAAUUGUCUUUUUCAAUUCAAGGAAAUAUGUAAAAAUUCUCUGGUUUCACUUUCUCAAACAUGACUUUGUUUUUUUUUUCCUGUUGGAUUGAAAUCUUCCGUGGUCAUAAGCUCAAUGAUUUAGUUUUUCGGUCCAAGGGAAACGUUUGAAGACGCCACCUCCGUCACACACGAAUGAAUCUGAUUUGUAGUUGCAGCUCUGAAGUUAACAGGCGUCCAUGUUCAUCAGAGUCUCGAGGAGGAACAUCCUGUUGAAAAGGUUUCUUUUAGGAUUAGAAUCAUAUUUUCUUAUUUUCUCUGUGGUGCUACUUUUUAUUUCCAUGCAAUGUUUGAGUUUCUCUCCUGUUUACCUGUUGGGAGGACGAGGCAGCAUUAACUUUAAAAGGCCAGAGCUCCGUAGAGAAACACCCGUUUCCUCUCUGAUCUUCAGCCUGUUUGUUUUUGUGCAUUUUCCUUGUUUCCAAAAUGUCAAACUGUCGAUCCACAGCAUUCGGUGCCUUAAAGAGCUUUUUGACACAUUUAGACCAAAUUUGUGACGCAACCAAUCAAUGGGAAUGAAAACGUUGAAGCCACCUCCCUGAAAUACUGACACGACUCAGCAGCUUCAGUCCUUCUGUAUAUUAUUUUAUGUUUGUUGUGUGGAAGUCGACACAUCAAGGGAUCAACAGUGGUUUCGAAUGUUAACCCACUUUUCUUGUGUUAACACGUACUGUUCAUAUCACCAGCAGCUAAUCACCGUUCUGACCCUGGCUCAGUCUGCCCCCCCCUUCGUCGGACGUCUCCAUCCUACACUGUAAACUGUUCCAGGUAUAACGUCUGUGUGGUCUUUGUCCAAUAGACAGCUGUCGAGAUUUCAAAUUGAUUAAAAAAGGCAAAAAAAGAAAAAAAGGCAAAACAAAUGUGAAUAGUUUGCGGACAUUUUAGCGUGUUGCGUGGGUAGUGGGAAAACGUGUAAAAAGAAUUAAAAGUGGGCAGUGCAUAUAUUGUCCAAUAUGUAAAUCAUGUGAACACAUCUUGUACUUAUUUAACAGUU